GUCAUUAUUACUUUCAUCCUCUAUCUUUUCUUCUGAGCCAUUGCAGUACCACACAAACGUACACAAUGCUACUGUCCAUGGGAAUUUCACCUCUACCUUUAUUUCUCUCUUCUACUUCUUCACUAUCCUUUUCACUUUCACCUUCUACUACGAAAACUCUCCGAAACACUUCCUUCAAAAUCAAAACCCUUAAAACUGAAAGAGAACCUUCGUCAUCAGAUCCAAAUCCAGGUUUCGAUCCUAAACCAGGUGUAGCCGUUUACAAACCUAAAUCCUAUCAAGUUCUCGCCACUGAUGCUUCUUAUUCCCUCGCUUAUGCUCUUCAAGACGGAAAACUUCAUCUCGAGAUCGAUUUGCCUCGCCGCAUGGAGGCUUCCAAUGAGGUUGAAGCUCUGCAGCAAGAGAACGAAGAGCUCCGUGCGGUGAACAAAGAGUUGCAGAAGAGUCUGAACCUCCUAGUUCAGGCUUCGCUGGAGAAUCAAUUUGGCCAUGGCGGCUCCUCCGUUCAGACACAAUCGAUUCUGUCUGAUAUAUUGCACAGUCUCCGUGGCUUGAGUCUUGGAGAUGGAAAAGAAAACUGUGCUGGUGGUUGGAAUAACAAUAACAUCAAGAAUAAUAAUAAUAGUAGCAAGGAGCUGCAGGAAGAUUCGGAUGAGAGUUCAACGAGUGUGAUAGAUAAUAACGAUGUUGAUGUUGAUGCAGAACGGUUGUCGCUGCCGAAGAGCAUAUCUGUGAGAUCCAAUGGCUAUGCGAUGCAGGAAGAUUCGGAUGAGAGUUCAACGAGUGUGAUAGAUAAUAACGAUGUUGAUGUUGAUGCAGAACGGUUGUCGCUGCCGAAGAGCAUAUCUGUGAGAUCCAAUGGCUAUGUGAUGGUGGCUCAGCCUCCAACCGCCGUAACUAACAAUAAUGCUGGUCGCAGUACCAAGAGCGCUACCCGCUCUCAGGCGUCUUCCACUCAUCCAGAUUACGUUCAAGAGGUAUAUGUGCGAGGUGGAGGGCAGAAAGAAGAAGAGCCUCUUGAGAUGACUGCCGUUGAUCAGUGGAGGUUCAAGACUAAGCUGUGCGCAAAUUGGCAGAGAACUGGCACAUGCCCUUAUACUGACAACUGCCAAUUCGCUCACGGUAUUGGGGAGCUUCGCCCGUUGAUCCGCCACCCACGCUACAAAACUGAGGCCUGUAGGAUGAUUUUAACUGGGAUUGUCUGCCCGUAUGGCCAUAGAUGCUAUUUCCGUCAUGAACUUACUGACCAAGAGAAAGCUAUAUCACAAUCUAAAGCCAAGAUCAGGAAAGCUGGAAAGAUAAACAGUCUCAUGGAGUUGUUUGACUCAAAAGAUACGAUAGUACAUACAUAGUAAUAUUCCUGAUUGUGUAGUUAAAAAUUGAGGUCUAGAACAUGAUUCAUGUGGAGAAUGUGGUCAUCCAUCGUAUAUUUUUUUUUUAGCAUAAGGUUGAAGAUGAAGAAGAUAAUGGAAGAGAAAGAGAGAAAAUAAAUUUGUAACUAACUUUCUUCUGAUUGAAAAACAGUUACAGUUUAGAGUCUAUAACAAACUGAAAUUGGUUCAA